GGAAGCUUUAAACGUUUUGUGUUUGAACUUUGAAGAUGCUUUGGUUUUGGUAUUGUUUGUUUUGUGAAUUGGCGGGUUCGUGAAUCGUAUUGAUGCAUCCUUUUUUUAUGAUGUGAUCACAAAUAGGUUACUUUAAAGGGAAAUUAUAAUUUAGUGUGUAAAUCAGGUGAACCAAGUACCUUGUAGUUAAGCGUUUUAUCCAGAAAAUGAGUCGCAAACGCAAACCUUUCUCACAAAUUCCGGCGGAGGAAUCGCCAAUCAACAGCAAAAGGCCACGAGAUGAGGAUAACAAUAAUUUAGAGAAAAGAGCUGGGACUAUUAAUCGCAUGAUACUGAAGAAUUUUAUGUGUCAUUCUCUAUUAGAGGUCUCGUUUAAUAAUAAUAUCAGUAUUAUGAUCGGUAAAAAUGGCAGCGGUAAGAGUGCCAUUUUGACAGCUUUAGUAAUAGGGCUUGGUGGAAAAGCCAAAUUGACAAAUAGGGGCAAUAAUAUAAAAGGAUAUGUAAAAGCUGGUGAACGAUCGGGUAGCAUAGAGAUAGAACUGUCAAAUGAAGGUCCAAUGGCGUACAAGCCUGCCGUUUACGGGAAAACGAUAAAUAUCACGAGAAGUUUAAAUGCAAGUGGAGGCGGUUCCUACAAAAUACGCAGUGAAAAUGGCGAAGUUGUAUCUACACACGCUAAAGAAGUGCAAAAUAUAACGGCCGGAUUGAAUAUACAAGUUGAUAAUCCUGUAUGUAUCCUGAAUCAAGAUACCUCAAGAAAUUUUCUCAGCAGCAGUGAUGGAAAAAAGAAAUUCGCUCUGUUCAUGAAGGCUACUAAACUAAAUGUACUUCGUAUGGAGUAUACAAAAACGGAAGAGAAUAAGCAAAAGUCGGAGCAAACACUCAGCGAAAAAAGAGAGAAUUUCAGGAACUUAGAAGACGAACUGAAAAAAUUGAAAAAGAAAAUUGAACAUCACGAUUCUAUGAGCAGCCUGAAGGACAAGCAGAAACAACUCCAGAUAGAGCUGGCAUGGGCUAAAGUCAGAGACGUCGAGGAAGAACUCGAGCAAGAGAAAUCUAAUGUUGAAAGCAUAGAGAAAAAACUAGAUGAUUUCAAAAGUAGUUCCAGUAAAAGGUCGGAACAGGAAAACGCGCUCAAUGCAAAAAUCACCGACCUACAACAACAAAUUUCGGAGGUCAAAAAACAAAUUGAAGUUCAGCAAAGACCACAGCAGGAAAUAAAAUCGAAAAUCGAACAGUUGGCACGAGAGUAUAAUGAUAAAAAGAGGCAUAAAUCGCAGUUGCAAACUUCGCUUCAGUCAAAAAAAGGUGAUAUAGCUACGCUAGAAAAAGAAAUCGCCAGUCAUAGUGAAAAAAUGUCCAAAGUGGAGCAGGAAAAAAUGCAGAAAAUUAAAAGCGUAGCCGCCCUGCAGGACAAACUCAAAGGAUUGGAUAGCCAAGUUGAAACUUCUAAAAAUGAUCUAUUUCAAAUAAGAAGUGACCUAUCCAGGAGAAAGGAGGAAGUCGAUAAUUUGCAUAAAGAAAUACGACAGAUUGAUAACAAAAUUUCCGAAGAAAAGACAAACUUGAACGCCUUGCAACGAGAAUCGGGAAAUGAUUUGAUCAUUUAUGGACGUGACAUGCCGAAAGUGAAAGCGAUGAUACAACAGUACAAAAGCAGAUUCCAACAAGAACCUAGAGGGCCACUAGGUUCUUAUAUCAAACUCAAAGACAAGAAAUGGGCCGUGGCUGUGGAAGGCUACAUCAGACCAGCUACCCUGGGCGCGUUUGCUGUAGAUAACAAAAAAGACAGUCAAGUGCUGCAAGAAAUUUUUAGGAAAGUAUGGACGGGAGGCAGUCAGCCGCAAAUUAUCACAUCGAAGUUCUUCUUUAAAAAACACGACAUCAGAAAAAACCUCGUCCAGGAGCCGGAAGGGUGCGUGAGCGUGUACAACGCGAUAGAAAUCGACGAUCCGGUGGUGAACAACUGUAUAGUGGACAGCGUUUCCCCGGAAAACAUUCUGUUGAUUCCGACCGACGACAGAGCCCAGGAAUUGCUUUCUAACAGACAGUCCGUGCCGCACAAUUGCAAACAGGGCGUCACGAUCAAGGGUGACCGAUAUUAUCCGGAUCCGAAUUAUAGGACGUACGCGUCCAAUUACAGGAGGGCGCAGUAUUUGCAAGUUGACACCAAGGAAUAUAUGCGACGAUUGCAAGCGGAUAUAGGAAGCAUGCAGUCAAAGAAACAAGGUAUUAUAAGAUCGGCCGAAUCUCUCGAGGGAGAGAUCAAAGAACAGGAAGAUAGGAGGAGCAAGUUGGAAGAAAGAAUAAGUAAGGUCAGAAUGGCUAGGACUCAGCUGAGUAGCAAACUAGACGAACUAAGUUCCGCAGCCGAACCUGAAGUACAAAAUGUGCAUUACCUGGAGCAAGAGUUAGAUGAGUUGAAGACGUUCGAAACCGAGAAAACGGCGGAAUUGGAUCAGCUGAAUGCUGAAUCUAAACGAAUCAAAACAUCAAUAAUGGCUGAAGAAGAAAAAUUAAAACAGUUAGGUCGAUCAACAGAAGAGUAUGACAAUAGGAUACAAUCAUUACAGAAUGAAGUUAAGGAAAGCCGUUCGCAGUUGCAAAGAAUAUCCAGCAGUGAUGAAUUUGACAAAAGGCGGAUAGCGGAAUAUAAAGAGAAGUUGAAAACCGCCAAGGAACAAGAAUCGUUGUGUAUGGAUACGUUGAAAAAAUUGGAGGAAGGUGCCAUUAAAGUCGGUGAUAGGAUAUCAGAUUUAAGGCAAGUCGAAAGGAUCACGAAUGAAAUAAAUCGGACAAAGCAUCGAAUAGAGAGCAUUGAAACGGAUACGGGCAAUAUAAAUGCCGUCAAAAAGAGAUAUAAGGAAUUGGAGGAGAAGCAAAGAAAUUGCACUGAAUUGAUCAGCUGCUUGCAAACUGACAUAAAAGAAUUGAAGACGGCAUUAGAACAGAGAAAGUCUUACUAUCAAAAGACAGAAAAAUAUUUUAUUACGACAAUAAAAUGUUAUUUCGCAAAGAUACUAGAAUCGAGGCAGUUCAAGGGAUAUAUGGACAUAAAAAUGAAAGAAGAAACGUUGGAGUUGGUAGUUCAACCGCAACAUGGCUCGCAGGGAGUCACCACCACAGCAAAUCUGUCUGGUGGCGAGAGGUCUUUUUCAACUGUUGCAUUCCUCUAUUCUCUGUGGCAGUGCAUGGAAUUUCCAUUUUACUUUCUUGACGAAUUUGACGUGUAUAUGGACAAAUUGAAUCGGACCAAGGUGAUAGACAUCCUGGUCAAUCAUGCGAAAUCCAGGCCACAACUACAAUUUGUAUUUUUAACUCCGCAAGAUGUGUCGUUUAUCAGCAAGGAUGUAUCCAUUCUAAGGCUUGCCGACCCAGAGAGAAUCCAAGCAGAAUGAACAUAUUUCCAAUUACUGCGUAUGUUUCAGACUUCGCAGUGUGAUAGUUUACGCCCUUUUCUAUGUGUAUUUUAUAAGUACCUUAUUUUUUUAUUUGUAAGGACUCCAAAGAAUAUAUUUGUUACAUCCAUAUGAAUUAUAAAAAAUAGUUUUAUAAAUGUUCGCAUACUUAUCCUUUAAGCAAAUUGCUCAGGAAACGUUUGCUGUUAAAAAUUGUACCAGUGUUUCGUUCAUUAAAUUAUUUUGUAUUA